GAUAUCACCGGCGACGGAGCUACGUACGUUUAAACUUAGCGACGGAGCAGCGUACCAAUUCUGUGUUAAACGGGUUAACCCGCUCCGUUUAGGAUUCGGGUCGAGAACCAAAUCAGACGAUGCAGCGGCAGCUCUUGAACAAGCUCAGCUGGAGAGCCGUCAAUGGAUUUGCUCAGUUCACUCAAAGGAGAGCGAUGCACGAUAGGAACAAGAAGGCAAUGGAGUUAAUAGCCAAAGGGUGGAGCGCUCUGAAGGAAGUUGAUAGAGUCAUUGAUUACUGCGAGCUCAAUGAUCGCCGCCUCAUUCCUUUAUUAAGGGCAGCAAAAGAUAAUUUUGAGUUGGCUCUAGAGACUGACAACUCAAAUACCCAUGCCAGGUAUUGGUUGUCCAGAUUGCAUUUGAAAUACCAUGUCCCAGGGGCGUGCAAAGCUAUAGGAGCUGCUUUGUUAGUUGAAGCGGCAAAUAUGGGUGAUGCAGAUGCACAAUAUGAACUUGCUUGUCGUCUUAGAGUUGAGAAUGAAUAUGUCCAAUCGGAUCAACAAGCUUUCCAUUAUCUGGAGAAGGCAGUUGACCAGUUGCAUCCUGGUGCUCUUUACCUUCUGGGUGCUGUGUAUCUGACCGGAGACUGUGUACAGAAAGAUGUUGCAUCCGCCUUAUGGUGUUUCCAUAGGGCAUCAGAGAAGGGACAUGCUGGUGCCGCUAUAGCAUAUGGGUCUCUUCUUCUUCAAGGUGUUGAAGUCCCAGAAUCUGUGAUGAACUUGACUUCAAAAAGGGGUUCUUUAGCCAGAAAGGCAAGAAAGAAUGCAGAAAGCCUUGUAAGAGACCAGGCAGGAAUGGCAAGAGAGCGGUUUCAGAUCGCUGCAAAAGCAGGAUGUGAUCUUGGACUGAAAUGGUUGGAAAGACUUGACGAGGAAGAGAAGCAUCUAUUGACCGAAAAUGAAAUGGUAGAAAAUGCCCUAGGAGGAAAGGUGUGUUAAUCGUUCAAUAUACCG